UUGGCUCAAACAAAGUCAGAAACAUUUUUAUGUUUGAUAAAGUAUUUUCAAUUGUAUCAAUAAAAUACGUUGUAAAAGUCUGCAGGGCGAGGCUCUGGUUUCCACGAGUUAACAUCUAAUGCUAAUGUCUUUUUUUCUUGUUUUUACACCGCGUAAGUAGCUAGCUAGCUUAACGUAAUGAUUAAAAACCCCAGCUGAGCUUCACUGCCAGCCAAGCUAUCUUGACGUUUGCUAUAUUUUGCUUUGCUGUUUGCGUUAACUUCCGCGAUGGGUGGCUGCUCCGCUCCAAAUUGCUCUAAUUCAACCAGCAUAGGCAAACAGCUGUUUAGGUUCCCCAAAGACCCUGUCCGUAUGAAGAAAUGGGUGGUGAACUGUCGGCGUGACUUCGAACCAACUCCUCACUCCAGACUCUGUCAGGACCAUUUUGAGCAGAGCCAGUUUGAGGAGAUAGCAAGAUCUUCAGCUGGGGGAAAGAAGCUGAAGCCCAAUGCCAUCCCAACUCUUUUCAGUUUGGGGGAACCUGCUUACAGAGUAAUCCCUUAUCCAUACAACUUGCUGCCCAUAAAACCUGAACCAGUGGAGAAGGAGCUGAAUUUCGGGGACCAUGGGUAUGCCAGACGCACCCGUCUGCCCGGCCCAGUGGAGGAGGAUGCAGACAGGACUGCAGAGGACCGGCAGCCCUGCACACAGUGUCAACUCCUCAAGAAACAGUUGGAGCAGGAGAUGCAGCACACUUCAAGGCUACAGAAGGAGGCAGAGGAGAUGAAGAAGCGCCUGUAUCGGCUCGACAGGAUCGAGAAGGGUCUCCGAAACUUUCUGUACGAGGACCAGAUCCGUGCCCUGUCCCUCACCAAACGUUCCAGACGGGCCGUCUGGUCUCCAGAGACCAUCCUGAAGGCCCGUAAGAUCCGCCGUGAGAUUGGUACAAAAGGCUACGAGUACAUGAGAGAGCUGGGAUACCCUUUGCCCUCCUACAGGACUUUAUGUAACCGCCUGGAGACUAAGAUAAUGGUGACGACCGACAUGAGCUGUGAGGAGUUGGCGGAGCUGGGCCUGGGGCUCAUGGCCACCUGUGACAGUCCCAGAGAAGGUGUUGGGGUCAAUGGUGAUGAGGAGGAACUUAUGGGGGUUUUGUCCUGAUCGUUCAGUUUGCAUGACUUACUGACUCUAACCAGGGGAAGAAUGUGCACAAUUUGCUGUGUAUUCAGAUAUGGCUCUUAUCUAUGAAGACUUAAAGCGUCAUUAUCAAUAUAUGCUUUGCUUGACAAAGGUUGUGAGACUGAUUUGAAUUGCCAGCGGGUUGUGCUUGUGAUCUGCAUCAUGAAGACACAGCUUUGCUCAACUGAUGUGAAGUGCUGGGGCUUGCUGUUAGCCUAAAAGUGCAUUUUGUUGUCCCAGAUAUAAACUUGUCUAAAAAUAAUACAGGAAAUACAAUUUAACACAACUGAACACAUCUGUUGCCAAUUGUAGCGCUUGUUAAAAUGGUAAAUGCACGGUUGGCGCACAAACAUUCUGUCAUUUGGGCAUCGGGCCGUACCCUUGUUUGGGAAAAUCAGGAAGCGAUGCAGCAGUAACGUUGUACGUCCAUGCUUUGUGGAUGGCUCGCAGAAACGUAAAGUGCUAUGUGAUAACAUCCAGGGGAUCAGCAGACAUGUGGCUCGCUGCAGCGGAGUGAAGCGUCUCCGGUCUGAGCUACAAGGAGACCCGCAGUGCGCUGGAGGGAGAGUGAUCCGUGAUGCUGUCACCUAAAACCGAGCAUUCCAGUAAGAAGACGGUGAUUGCAUUUGAUGUGGUGUCCACCGCACCCAGGAUGGCUUCGGAGUAGAGCUGGGCAAUAUAUCGAUAUGGGGAUGCAAGACUAAAUACCGUCUUAGAUUUUGGAUAUCGUAAUACGGCAUAAGUGUUGUCAUUACCUGUUACGUUCCAUUCACCAUCACAAAAGGCUUGUAUCAUGUGGAUGUGCCGACAGUUUUGUUGUCAUUACUUAGAAUUCCUCAUGUGGUCGACAGAAAUUAGGCAGCAUAGCUUUACACAAAUAAAAGAAUAGCGGAAGAGCGACACACUCAUUCUAAAGAGAGACUUCCUGUUCCGAGUGACAGGCUGUACUACUCAAAGUUUAACUAAAUCAAUAAUCAUUAAAAAUCUGCUCAAGAGGC